AUGGUGGACCCUCUGUCAGACUGCAGCCCCCUGAUCAGUGCAGCCGUCUGCUGUAAGCUGCGUCUGGUCCGUCUGCUGGUGGAAGGAGGAGCUCAGGUGGACGGACGGAACCCCAAAGGAGAGACGCCUCUCCUGGCCGCCUGUAAGGCCCUGAGGGGGGAGCCCACGGGGCCCGAGACCCUCAGACUCCUCAGCUACCUGCUGCACAACAAGGCGGAUCCAAACGUGCAGGACCAGACUGGACGGACUCCUCUCAUGUACUCCUGUCUGCAGCGAGCAGGAGCUCAGGUGGCCUCCACCCUGCUGGCUGCAGGAGCCGACCCCAGCAUGGAGGACCAGUCCGGAGCCUCGGCGCUGGUCUACGCCAUCAACGCUCAGCACCAGCCCACAGUCAAGGUGUUGAUGGACGCCUGCCGGGCCAGGGGUCGUGACAUCAUCAUCAUCGCCACGGAGACGGGUGUGAACGGCAGCCAGGUGACCAGGCGUUACCUGAACGUCCCUCCGUCCCCGGACUCGUCCCCGGUGUCCUGCAUGUCCCCGUCCGACAUCGUCCUGAAGACGGGAUCGCCCAACUCACCCGAGGGAGAAAACAUCUUCAACUUCAGAGGAACCAGUAAAAGAGGCAGCAGCAGCAGCAGCAGCAGCAGACAUCCAUCUACUGACCAGAGUCCAUCCAGUCAGAGCUCCUCCUCUCCUCCUCCUCCUCCUCCUCCUCCUCCUCCUCCUCCUCCUAGACUCAGGAUGUUAUCUGAACCCUGGCUGGCUGUUCACAACCUGUCCAGUCUGCAGCAGGAGGAGAGGAGGCUGCAGGAGGAGCAGGAGCAGGAGGUGGAUCCAAGGAGGGCAGAGGAGGAGGUUCACCAGGAGAGGAAGGAGAGCCUGGUUAACAGACAUGGAGGAGAGAAUUACAACAAGGAGGAUCUCCUCCUGAGGCUCUCCCAGUCGGCCCUCUCCCUCUCAGAGAGGAGCUCCUCUCAGAGCAGACUCCUCCCGAGGAGGAGCGGGACAUCAGACAACGAGACCCUGAGGAGCUCCUCUUCGUCUCCUCACUCUCAGCUCCGCAGGAACACCCUCCCCUCCGUCACCGUGGCUCCUCCUCUGCUCCUCCUCCCUCCUCUAGUCCACCAGUCAGACUCCCUCCUGCAGCUCCCAACACACACCUCCUCCUCCUCCUCCUCCUCCACCUCCUCCUUCUCCAAGAGCAGGAGCAUGUCCUUCCUGCCUCACCCCCCCUGCUCCUCUCCUCCCUCCACCUCCUCCAGAGGUUCAGUGAGGGCGGGGUUACUCCCUCGGCUGCUGCUCGCCUCCUCCGUCACCUCCCUGCUCUCUCCUCCUCCUGCUGCCUCCUCCUCCUGCAGCGAGAGGAGCAGGAGGUCACCGCGCCGCCACUCGGUACAGCUCGAACAGAUCAGAGGAGGAGAAGGAGGAGAAGGAGGAGAGACCUUUUAG